GACUUUCUCCUUCAACAACCACCACCGCCACCACCACCGCCGUCAAUUUAUCCGCUUCCCUAAUUCUGAAGCACCAACCUUUCCCACAUUUUAUCAACCCAUCUUCGAAACCUUAACUACUUUUCUAAUUAUACAACACCAACUAAUUCAUACAUAUAUAUACAAAAUAAUGCCAGCCCAGAAACGUUCCCACGACGAAGACGAUCUUCUUCAGCCAAACAACCACCGUGAGCAGCAGAACCACCUUGAUGGUGGUGGUGGUGGUGACGGUACGUGUAUUGAAUCUGAUCGAAGCCCAUCAUCCAUUAGUAACCAAGAAGAUGAAGAAGAAGAAGAUGAAGAGAAAGAAGAAUAUGUAGUGGUAAAGUUAUCUGAAAUUCGCAAGGAAGUACAGUGUCCAAUCUGUUUAGGGAUCAUUCGGAAAACAAGGACGGUGAUGGAAUGCCUGCAUCGCUUCUGUAGGGAAUGCAUCGACAAAUCUAUGAGGCUUGGGAACAAUGAGUGCCCAGCUUGCCGUACGCAUUGUGCCAGUCGUCGUUCUUUAAGAGAUGAUCCAAAUUAUGAUGCACUUAUUGCUGCUUUGUAUCCAGAUAUUGACAAAUAUGAGGCAGAGGAAUUGGCUUUUCAUGAAGAGGAGAAAGCCCGCAAUAAUCAGAUCCAAGCUUCCAUUGCUCAGACUAUUCGCCGCCAAACUGAAGCUCUUGGUAGGAAAAAAACCACAGCUAAAUCCACAUUAGCUGCAUUUGCAAGGAGAACAACAGGCCGUUACAGAGAUGCAAACUCAAGGGGGAGGAGAAAUUAUCGAACAAUGGAUCUUCAAGGGUCUGAUGAAAAUGAGGAUACAAAUGGUGACGGAGGAAGAGAUUCAUCAUCUGCUGAGGAACAAUGUGCAGAAGUUAAAUUAAAAAGACAAAAGAGAUGGGGUGGUGCUCGGUCAGCAGCUGCUAUUGCAGAUGGAUGUGGUGAUGAGAAUGAUUCCGAAGUUAAUUUAGAAUCGAUGGGGUCUUCUGUUGGGUUUAUAGGUCCCUCGGAAAUGCUUGCUUGGGGUAAAGGUGGUAUCCGCAGUCAUACACGAUAUGGCGGUGCAAAUGCUGGAAAUGGCAAGAAUGUUCGGAAUAAUCGUAUUUUGAAGCUGGCAGAAUAUCUUCGGAACUCAGAAGAAAAUAAUAUUGAGUUAGAUGUGCAUCUCAUGCUUGUUUCUCUCAAUGAACAAAAUAUUCCGAGUUUGCAGCAGCCGUAUCUCCGUUGCAGACCAACUUUAUCAAUCAAACACUUAUGUCAGUAUGUUGCUUUCCGAACCGCUCUUCAAGCGGAUGAAGUUGAAAUACACUUGGUGAAAGAGUUGAAUUCCGAACUCAAUCGGUCAAUCUUUACAAGUAUGUCGAUUUCUAAGCCUAGUAUUGUCGAUCCAUGCAAAGUUAAGUUGCAAGUUUUAGAUGAGCAAGAUACUCUAAGAGAGCUCAAAACAUAUAAUUUCGCACAAGGACAUUUGAUUCUGGCAUAUCAGAAAAAGCUUCGGAACUAAAGAUGCUAACAAAGCCUGCUGCAGAGUGCAGCCUCACUGUAUAGAUACCAAAAUUUUGUCUUUUUUUAUUUUAAUUUAAUAUUUAUUUCGGGGUUACGGAGUUGAACGUGUAGAUAUAUCAAUCUACACUUCCAAGAGGGAUCGGAUCGAGCACAAAUCGAGUUUUCUCUUUGUUUAUUUUUUUGUUUUUUCUGCUGUAGCAUUCUUGCUCUAGACUGUCAGAUUAAAUCAUAGUGUUGGUAAUUUCUUGUAGUGAGGACAAUCGGUUGUGGGGCUUUAUAUUUGCUUAGUUUGUAAAAAUGUAAAUUUUGUCACACAUGUUUUUUCUAAGAUAUUUACAAUAUUGGGCAGAAAUUUGGUUUUGGUUCCCGUUA